UUUACAACCUCGCUCAUGAAAUCAUAAAUGAGAGAGGCUUCUUAUUCUGCGCUUUCACAUCGAAGUCUAUACAAGCGAAUCUGUGCAUCGCUGGCGCAUUUCUGCGCGCAAAGCAGUGCACAAAGAAGUGCAGUGACAGUAGUGCUACAGUAAAGCUGCUCUCACAGCGAUGGUCACUUCACAUGCAGAGCGCGUCUGCGGUGAGUACCGUCGGGCUCUCUGCGUCCUUCACACUUUUCAUAUGUGAGGUCAGUCCGGUAUACACAUAGCCGGAAGAGUCGAAUCAGUAUCUGUUGCUCGUUUGUUUUUGUUUGUUUUUGGACGGGGGGAGGUGGACAAUCACUCGGAGUCAUCUGGAUGAUCGAAUAUCUGAUGGAAACUCAGCGCAUCCGCCUGCCAUCUCUCUGAAAGGAGGCAUCAGGAAACUGAAGAGGGGAGACAACGUGUCGUGAAUACAGAAGAGAGCAACUAUUGACACCUACAGCCCACCAGUCUGCCGUGCGCCUGGGCAAAGCUAAAAGGACACGGCUGCGAAUGAUCCGGCUUUAUAUUGGUCUAACACUCCAACGCCUAUUAUGGCUUCGCUGUACCAGAGAUUCACCGGAAAGAUCAAUACCACCAAUUCCUUUCCGCACCCACCUGAGGCCAGCCACCUUCUUGGUGGACAGGUUGCAGACGAGGAAAACGCAGCGAAGACCCCUCAGCAACUCCUCGAUGGGAGACCUCACGUCCAGUACCGCAAAAAAUGCCUGCGGGAGGAUGAGGACGACCUUGUUGGCAGCGCCCCACCUCAGAGGAACUGGAAGGGAAUAGCCAUAGCCCUGCUGGUCAUCCUGAUCAUCUGUUCUCUGAUUGUCACCUCUGUUAUCCUGCUCAGCCCUGGUGAAGAUGACAGCCUGGCCCUUAAGAAGAAAGUAACCGUAGAAGAUAUUUUUGGUGCAGACCUUCACAUCCAUGACCCGGACGCUAAAUGGCUGAGCGGCAAUGAGCUGCUGUAUCGUACAGCGGAAGGGGAUGUUGUCCAGCUUAACAUUGACACCUUGGAGCAAAGGGUUGUCGUUCCAAACCAGCUGUUUGAUAGAUCCAGAGCUGCCAAGUACCAAGUGUCUCCAGACAUGCAACAUGUGCUGUUUGCCUUUGAAGUAAAACCGAAAUACCAACACUCCUAUGAGGCGAAGUACAUCAUUUACAGUCUCGUGACACAGGAAACGUGGCCUUUAAAUCCCCCUGAGGUGCAUGAAGCUUUCCUGCAGUUUGCCGGAUGGGGGCCCCAAGGCCAGCAGCUGGUCUUCAUAUUCGAAAACAACAUCUACUACAGAACGACUGUAGAGAGUCGAGCGAUCCGCCUGGUGUCCACUGGCAAAGAAGGAGUUGUCUUCAAUGGCCUCACUGACUGGCUGUAUGAGGAGGAGAUCCUGCAGACCCACAUAGCUCACUGGUGGUCUCCAGAUGGACUGCGUUUGGCCUACAUGACCAUCAAUGACACGCUGGUGCCAAAAAUGGAAGUGCCGUUUUUUACUGGAGCGCCAUAUCCCGCGAGUCUUGACUAUCAUUACCCAAAGGCUGGAGAAGAAAACCCUGUAGUGCACCUGUCAGUGGUGAGCCUCCACGGUCCUCUGCACACGGUAGCGAUGAAGAAACCUGAUGACCCCCGGAUAGGGAGGGAAUAUUACAUCACCAUGGUGAAAUGGGCAACCAACACCAAACUGGCUGUCAACUGGCUGAACAGAGCCCAGAACAACUCCAUCUUGACACUGUGUGAGGCGACCACUGGAGUCUGCAUUAAGAAACAUGAGGAUGAGAGUGAGAGUUGGUUGCACCGACAGAACGAGCCGCCGCUCUUUUCCAAAGAUGGAUACAAGUUUUUCUUCACCAGGGCGAUCCCUCAGGGUGGCAGAGGAAAGUUUUUCCACAUCUCCAUGUCCACAUCUCUGCCCAACACUAGCACAGACAUACUUCAGUCCCUAACUUCUGGAGACUGGGAUGUGACCAGGAUCUUGGCCUACAAUCAUGAAAGAAACCUCAUUUACUUCCUGAGCACAGAGGAUGACCCCAAACGGCGGCACUUGUACAGUGCUGACACAAUCGCUCCAUUCAACCGCUGUUGCUUGUCCUGUGAGUUCAAGUGCGGCUAUAUGGAUGUUUCAUUCAGCCACGACAUGCAGUACUUCUUGCUCAACUGUAAAGGACCAGAUAUACCGAGUGUGGCUGUCUAUAGAACUGAGGACAAAGAGAAGGUGUUUGACGUGGAGACAAAUAAAAGACUAAACAACACACACAACAACAUGCAGAUGCCCAGAGUGGAGUACAAAACCAUUGACAUAGAAGGCUACACUCUGACGAUGCAGAUUCUGAAGCCAGCUGGAUUUGUAGAAACAGCUACCUAUCCAUUACUGCUGCUAGUGGAUGGGACCCCCGGCGGGCAGAUGGUGACGGAGCAGUUCCAGGUGGACUGGGCCACCGUCCUGGUCAGCAGCUUCAGCACAAUUGUUGUCCGCUUUGACGGCCACGGCAGCGGAUUUCAGGGCACCAACCUCCUCCACAAGGUCCGCAGGAAACUGGGGAAACUGGAGGAGAGGGACCAGCUGGAGGCACUCAGGCUGAUAUCCGAACAGUCUUACAUCGAUAAGAAUCGAAUGGGAGUUUAUGGAAAGGCCUAUGGUGGUUAUUUAGCAACUUUGCUUUUGAGCUCAGAAGAAUUUACCCAACUUAAAUGUGGAACAGCAGUUUCCCCCAUCACAGAUUUCGAGCUUUAUGCAUCUGCAUUUUCGGAGCGAUACCUCGGCGCCAAGACAGACUCCCGAGUUUACACAAUGGCAAAUUUAGCACACAGAGCGGGUCAGCUGCUGGAGAAACAGUACUUAAUAAUUCACCCGACUGCUGAUGAAAAAGUUCACUUCCAGCACACAGCCAAAUUCAUCAACCAUUUAAUCAGUGAAAAGGCCAAUUACACUCUGCAGAUCUAUCCAGAUGAAGGACACUUCCUACACGGCGAGGGGACACAGCAGCACCUGAGCCAGUCCUUGGUCAACUUCUUCGAGGAGUGUUUCCGGCUACCAGAGAUUCUGACAGACGACCAGCAGGAAGAGAACGAGGACAACAGUUAAACUUUGAUCCUCUGAGCAGCCCCGGCCAGAUACUACAGCACAAUAUGCAACAGAUUUUUCGUUCCAUCCCAGUAAAUCCGCACCACCUGCUGUCAAAUCUGAUUUUAGCUCCAAUGAAGUGCAGCACCUGCAUGUGCAAAAAGGGCCUCUGCCUACAUCCCUUCUCCUCAUCUCGUGCUGGCUGCUGACAGGGAAACCAGUCAGAUAGAGGCUGAAUAAAUCUCAGAUGCGAACAGUCAUGUCUCUCUCUGAUUAACGGACUAGUGCUCCCUCUGGUGGACUGAUAG